AUGAGUCACAGGGACAAUACUGAAGAUGCAAGAGAUCAGCUUAAGAAACCUUUCCUCCAUACAGGGAGUUGGUAUAAAAUGAGCUCAACGCAGUCCGGCAUGAUGAGCUCCUCUGCUCAGAUGCUCCGUGAUGGUGCUGUUUCUGUUGUCCUUUGUGUCCUCAUUGUCGCUUUAGGCCCCAUCCAAUUCGGGUUCACGUGUGGUUAUUCUUCACCGACACAAGCAGAAAUCAUUAGCGAUCUUAAUCUUUCUAUUUCAGAGUUUUCGAUGUUUGGUUCAUUAUCAAAUGUGGGUGCUAUGGUUGGUGCUAUAAUAAGUGGCCAACUUGCAGAAUAUAUUGGUCGUAAAGGGUCUUUGAUUGUUGCUGCGGUGCCUAAUAUAAUUGGAUGGCUAAGCAUAUCUUUUGCUAAUGAUUCAUCAUUUUUGUUCAUGGGAAGGUUGUUGGAAGGGUUUGGUGUCGGUAUAAUCUCAUACACGGUACCUGUGUAUAUAGCUGAGAUAGCGCCUCAGAACAUGAGAGGAAGUCUUGGAUCGGUUAACCAGGCCAAAAUGGGGAUGAUGGAAGAUUUUGAAGCCUCUUUGCAAGUUUUACGAGGAUAUGAUACUGACAUUACUGAUGAAGUGAAUGAAAUCAGGAGCUCUGUUGCAUCUUCAAGCAAAAGAACUACCAUUCAGUUUGCAGAUCUCAAGCGAAGAAGAUAUUGGUUUCCUUUGAUGAACCCAAAUGUUGAUACUGAUACUGGUGGGUAUGCUGCAGGAAUUUCCUCAAGCAAUCUUGCUACGUUUGGACUUGGAGCUAUUCAGGUCGUAGCCACUGGUAUCUGUUCGUUGUUGAUGGAUAAAGCUGGGCGCAGAUUGCUGCUUAUUAUAUCUACAACUGGAAUUACUCUUAGCUUGCUUCUGGUUGCCAUUGCUUUUUAUAUGCAGGGCAUUUUACCACAAGAUUCUGAUUUGUAUCACAUGAUGGGAAUUCUGUCACUUGCAGGGCUUGUGGCUGUGGUAAUUUUCUUCUCAGCAGGACUUGGAGCUAUUCCUUGGAUCAUAAUGUCUGAGCCUACUGUUCUUCAAGCUCUAAAAUCCCUUUUCAAGACUGCAAUGUUUGUGAUGAGGCAUCUGGGCAUUCACGAACUCAAUAAAGUGAUGGCUUUAAGAGUUAGGAAAACAAAAGGCUUAGGAAAUAGCCUGGUGUCUUAUAUCAUGCAUGCAGUUGUGCAUUAUAUGAUUCUCCACCAUCAGCUUCCAGUGGAGGGGUAUGAUUUUUCUCUUAACCCCUCCACCCGUUCAAUGUUGGUUGUAGAAUAUUCUCCCAGCGAACAUCAAGGGCGUUGCUGGCAGCGUUGCAACUUUGGCAAAUUGGCUUUCAUCCUGGAUUGUAACAAUGACCGCAAACUUGCUCAUGAGUUGGAGCAGUGCAGGUCUCCUUCUCCCUCCCUCUUUCUUGCGUAG